UGAGGAAGACUACGGUGUGAAGAUUGUUAUAAGUCAUAUCGAAACAAAUGAUCGAGACGCUUUUCCGGAAGAUGUUUUAGCGGAUGUUGUGACAGAAGAUAACCAGGCUAUGGAAGCUAUCGUCAGACGUAUCAUUUAUAAGAGUCCACUAGAAGUUUAUCAAUAUGUAAUCACCAAGGCAAAUAUAAGUCCUUCAGAAAUGUUAGAAGAAAUAUUAGAAGAGCAGUCUAAGACAGAGUUAUUGCUGAAUUAUUUAAUGAUCUCUGAUUAUAUCGACAUUUUUCAACAAGUUUUUCAACUUUCUGGUGUAUUAAGUAUCUUAAACUUGUCAUCCAAUUUCCUGGACGACGAAGAUUUAUCAGAGCUUUUAUAUAAUUCAAGCAAGAGUAUAACCGAAUUAGAUUUAAGUGGAAACCUUUUAACCGCUGAUUGUUUAGACAGCAUCAUGGGUUUCUCUAAGCUUAGAAAGCUCAUUCUAUCGAACAACCCUCUAGGACCAGUUAUACUACAACGAUUGCCAGAAUUACUUACAAAAAUUCCUUCUAUCCUAGAUAUCGACUUGUCAGAUACAAAUUUAGGCGAAGAAACCCCUUUUGACACAGCCAUAAGCGAAGCCUAUAAAAAUUAUCGGAUUACCGCACCUAUGGAUUCUGGCCUAACUAUUCGCAUCUCGGAUAAUCACUUUACAAAAGAUACGUUGUGUCACUGGACUCCAUUAUGGAAAAAUCUGAAACAGGUCAGCUGUUUGCAAUUAUCUAGCAUUUCCAGUGAAACAGCUUGGGAAAAUUUCGAUAUGUUGCUAGAGCUUCCAAAAUUAUCAAAAUUGAUUCUCAACCGUUCAACAAGGACAUCAUUAGAUUUAUGUGAUUUGAAACAAUUAUUUAAGAUUAAGUCUUCAUUCGACCAUUUAGAUUUAGCGAAUUGUAGCCUAACGGGAGAGGGUAGCGAUAAUAUAAAAUAUUCCCUCGAAUUCGAACUAAUGCAACCACUUAGAUACGAAAUUGCUUGCCUCUUAUUUCAACGAAAGCUUAAUAAAGGUUCAAAAGCUAACACUCCAUAGUAACCCAAAAAUUGGAGACAAAGGAAUACAUUUUCUUAACGAAGCAGUUUUAGGCUCAAAAAUAGAUGUUUUGGACAUCUCGGAUUGUGGUGUCACUUAUAACAGCCAUCAAAGAAUUGUAGAAUGGUCGGCCCACUUUGUUGAAAUCGAUUUAACUAGAAAUCCUUAUUUAUUUGAUGCAACGCAGGAGGAAAAUGAAUGGUUCGUAACC